AUGUCUUGCUUCAGCCGCCGUAAGUACAAGACCGGGGACCUGGUGUUUGCCAAGUUAAAGGGCUAUGCCCACUGGCCAGCGAGGAUCGAGCACGUCACUGAACACAACCGCUACCAGGUGUUUUUCUUCGGGACCCACGAGACGGCCUUGCUGGGCCCCAAGCACCUGUUCCCCUAUGAGGAGUCCAAGGAGAGGUUCGGCAAGCCCAACAAGAGGCGCGGCUUCAGCGAGGGGCUGUGGGAGAUCGAGCACGACCCGAUGGUCGAGGCUUCCCCUUGCCUGUGCUCAGAUGAGGAGCAGCACUGUGCCCAGGAACCUGGGCCGGAGGAGCUGGGGCUGGAGCUGGAGGCUGAGCUGGGGCAGGAGCUGGAGCCUGAGCUGGGGCAGGAGCUGGAGCCAGAGCCGAGCCAGGAGCUGGAGCCGGAGCCCCAGCCUGAGCUGGAGGCAGAGCCUGGGCCUGAGACCGAGUGUGAGAAGGAGCCCGAGCCGCAACCUGCCUGCUGCCUGCUUGACGCCGCGGAGGAGGAGCCAGGCCUUGCUGAGACCGAACCAAGAGAUGAGCAGGCCGAGCAGGUGCCAGAGCUGCAGCCCGAGGAAGCCGAGGUGGAGGCCGAGGAGCCAGCGGGUCUGAAGAGGAGCGCGGAGGAACAGCCGCAGGAUGCCCCCAAACGGCCCAGGGAGGCGGCGCCUGACCCGCUAGAGAUGGAGCCAGCUGAAGAGCGCGAGGCUGAGGCCUGUCCCAUCAUAGAGGAGCCUGACCAAGCUCUGGAGCAGCAGCCUUCACUGGAAGAAAAAGCCACAGAGGAGGCGGUCCAGGCCCUGAUUAUUGGAGAGAUCGAAGGCCUGUAG